AAGAGAGACUUUGCAGUUCACGAAGAAGACUGAAAAGACGUUAUAAAAAAUUUAACCGUCUUCCCCAUUUCUCCCUUAAUAAAAAAAACCGGCUAUGGCGGCGGCGAGGGCGACGAAGACGACGGCGAUGGUGAUUGUGGCUACUCUGCGGAGCUCGUGCAGUACUACUUUCUCUCUCUCGACCGCCAUGAUUUUCCUGCUCUUCCUGAUUUCCACCAAGGUCACCACCACUUCCGCCCUCAACGACGCCGUUUUGAGCGUCAAGUACAAGUACGCCGGCCGUGAGCCCUCCCUCUCCGCUCUCAAGGCGCACGACGAUCGCCGUCAGCUCAGAAUUCUGGCCGGCGUUGAUCUUCCCUUGGGCGGCUCCGGCCGUCCCGACGCCGUCGGGCUUUACUAUGCUAGAAUUGGAAUUGGAACUCCUCCGAAGGACUAUUAUGUGCAAGUAGAUACGGGAAGUGAUAUUAUGUGGGUGAAUUGUAUUCAGUGUAAAGAUUGCCCAACCAGAAGCUCCCUCGGUAUAGACCUGACGUUAUAUGAUAUUAAAGACUCUUCAACUGGGAAAUUGGUGCCUUGUGAUGAAGAGUUUUGCUUGGAGGUCAGUGGGGGUCCAUUGUCUGGUUGUACGAAGAAUGUGACAUGUCCGUAUCUUCAGAUAUACGGAGAUGGCAGCUCCACUGCUGGCUACUUUGUGAAAGAUGUUGUGCAGUAUGAUCGAGUGUCGGGAGACCUUGAAACUACGUCGUCGAAUGGGAGUGUCAUUUUUGGAUGUGGUGCUACACAAUCUGGGGAUCUAGCUUCAAAUGGUGAAGAAGCACUUGAUGGGAUACUUGGGUUUGGAAAAUCAAAUUCAUCUGUAAUUUCACAGCUAGCUUCAUCUGGAAGAGUGAAAAAGAUGUUUGCUCACUGCUUAGACGGGACAAAUGGAGGUGGUAUCUUUGCCAUCGGCCAUGUUGUACAACCCAAAGUUAACAUGACACCCUUGGUCCCAAAUCAGCCACAUUACAAUGUCAAUAUGACAGCAAUACAAGUUGGUCGCACUUUUUUAAGUGUUCCAAACUAUGCAUUUGACUUUGGUGACAGAAAAGGGACUAUAAUUGACAGUGGUACAACGUUGGCCUAUCUUCCAGAAAUGGUUUAUGUGCCAUUAGUAAGUAAGAUACUAUCUCAGCAGCCUGAUCUGAAGGUUCGUACAGUUCAUGGAGAGUAUACUUGCUUCCAGUACUCAGAAAGCUUGGAUGAUGCAUUUCCUCCUGUCACUUUUUAUUUCGAAAACUCGCUUUCUUUAAAGGUUCAUCCACAUGAAUAUCUGUUCUCCUAUGAAGGCAUGUGGUGUAUUGGUUGGCAAAAUAGUGGGAUGCAAUCCAGAGACAGCAAGAACUUGACCCUUUUGGGAGAUUUGGUCCUUUCAAAUAAGCUAGUGGUGUAUGAUCUUGAAAAUCAGGCAAUAGGGUGGACUGAAUAUAAUUGUUCGUCAAACAUUAAAGUCAAGGAUGAACAGACAGGAACGGUACAUUUAGUAGGUUCCCACUAUAUCUCUUCUGCUUGCCAUGUGAAAAGCCAAUGGUCUAUAAUCUUCUUGUUGGUAACCAUGCUGUUACACACUUUAGUUUACUGUGACGCAACAACUAAAAGAGAUUGCUGACAUAGAACUUAACGAUAGAUUUGAAUAUAGAAAGAUAUCGUGAAAUUAUUGAUGAAGUAGUAGUCUACAGAAUACUGCUCUGGUUUGUGCAUCUAAAUGAUUUAUGCGGAAAAAGGUAUGUUAAAGCUUAGUGUCUGAUGGUUCAUUUUGGGUUAUAUUUUUCUUCCCAAGAUGAAGCCGGAAAUGUAUGAAGGUUUUUAACACUGAAUUCAAAAUCAAAUGUAUAUGGUUCCAAAAUUGGGUUGUUACCUUACUUGGCUUUAGGUCCUAGCAAUAUGGUAAAUACGAGCAUAAGUUGCUUAAUGGUAUAAUAGUUCUAAUUCCGACUAAUUUAUAUGAUGAUACGUAAAUUGGUAUAUUUAUUAGGUUCCUUUUAUCACUCUUAUGUCUGCCGGUGGAACUACUUUAUUUUUCUGUUUUUAGAUAAGAAACCCUGCCGGUCGAACUACUACAUCAGU